AAACAGAAGCACAGUUGAUUGAGAACAACGAAGCAAGUAAGACGUGUUUGUUGGUUGGUGGUUAACACUUUAACGCUGGUUUUGUUUUUUGGGAACACUCUGCUGUACGCCAAAACGCCAACCCAACAACGCAACACCAAACGACAAUUCACAGUGCAGACGUACGCUCGCGUGGGUGUGUGUGUGUGUUCGUAUGUGCGUGUGCUUCAGCAAAUAGACGCGAACUUGCAAAAGUUGAUUAGUGCCAAAACAACAAUAACAUUAAAAAAGUAAUAAGUAACACAAAACCAAUUGAAAACGUGCUAAAUACUUCCAGUUAAUUGAACGUAAUAACAAAAACCGUUAAAAAUUAUUGUUUAAAAAAUUUUUCGAAUUUCGUAAUGUUCGAAAAAAUUGUAAACAAAACGAUUUGUAAGUGACUAAAACUUUUUAAGUGUGAAAUUUGCCUGUUGCAGCAAAUCUGAAAAUAUAAAAAACGAAAAAUAUCAACAAAGUGCUGUGAAAAUUGUAAGUCUAAUAGCGAAAUAAAAUUAAGGAAUAUAUUUAAAAAUUAAAAGUGCAAAAAUAAUAAAAACACAAACUGUAAAAGAUAUUAGUUUACAUUUUAUGACGAAAUUUUUUUAAAUACUUGUAAAAAUAACUUUUUGAGUUCAAGUUUGAGAGCAAAAGGAAUUUCACAACUGCACGCAACAAUUUCAAACAAUUUGCCAUAAAGCGUGAGAACGGUGAAAAUCAUUUCGAUUGCAGACAAGUAUUAAAAAAAGUGCUGAAUUAUACAAAUUAUCAAAAUAAAAAACAAAAAGUGCUAAGAAAAAUUAUAAAAAAUCAUAAAACAUCGAAACAUUGAAAACGCAACAUAACUUCACAACAAAAACUAAAUUGCAAAUAUAACUAACUGUAAGAGACAAUUCUGUUGCGCGCAAGAAUAAACCUGUGCGAACGCGAUCCCCACACUGCCGCCCACAUUGCUGCGCAGGUACGCCGAACAGCAGCAGCAGCAGGUGUGUGUGCGCACUUAUGCAAAAGCAACAGUAACAACAAAGCGUGAAGAGAGAAAAGAAGCAAUAAUAGCAAACAAACUCACAACCACAGAAAUAAAAGAAAAAACACUCAGCCGCAAAAGCGUGCAGCAAAAAUCAGGGAAAUAAAAAACAAAACAAAAACACGAAAUUAAAUCACAAAAACUGAAACGAUGGCUGUUGUCUUUUAUAUGCCCGAGGGCGGCGGCGAUGACUCUGCAUCGUCAUCGAGUGGCGGUCACGGCAGUGCGGGCAGCGGCAGCGCUGCUUCGUCGACAUCACAAUCGCCCAACACAACCACAUCGGCUACACAAACGCCCAUGCAGAGUCCGCUGCCGCCGCAUUUUAUGAUGGCCUUCUACCAGUAUAUGAAUGCUACCGCCUUCCAGUAUCCCCCACCAGCCAGUCCAUGCUGCCAAGUGCACAGCCCCUCACCAUACACAGGUAGCGGCAGCGGCGGCGGCGGCGGUGGUGGUGGUGCCGGUGUCGGCAAUGGCGAAGUUUUCUUCCCACUCAGUCUUAGUACACCACGUACCCCACGUACCAGCGUCAGUUAUGCGGCUGGCGAAGAGAAUACCUUCUUUCGUCAUCACAACAUCAGUGCGGGUUGCAGCAACGCAUCACACCUACAACCACCGCAAUCGGCACCACCAAUGCCGUCGAGUAGUCACAAUGGUGCACAUAGUCAACCAGCGCCACAACAACAAUACCAACAAUAUACAUAUCCAUACUAUCAAUAUACACCACCGCCGACACCGCUCACCGCCAAUGCGAGCACCUGCACCGGCAAUGUAUUCGGGGCGACGGAAGCGACAACGCAUCAACGCGGUUGUGUGGCAACAGCGUCGACAUCAACAUCGACGACAUCGUGCGGUAUGGGCGGGCAUUCGCGUUUGCAUCGUAGCCUCUCAGAUGCGCAGAAGCGCUCUCGUCGUACGUCAACCACCAACGAUGAUGAACGCGAAUAUCAUAGCGAACACGAGACCAGCUGGGAUGAGUUCGAUGACCGCUAUGAUAAUUUUACAGCCGGCCGUGAACGUUUGCAGGAAUUUAAUGGACGAAUACCGCCACGAAAGAAGAAAAAGGAUGUGCCAAAAUCAAAGUAUGAGAAGAAGGUGAGAGAAAGACCAUUCAAGGGUUUUAUCUGGCCCACUGUCGUCACAGUCAUCGUUGUUGCAAUCGGUUGUGGCUUCCUUGUUACGCGAUGAGUGCGCCAAAAGUGAAGUUCCAGCGGCAACAGCCUCAGCAAUACUUACAAUUUAAAAAGCAAGCAGCAGUGAAGCAAUGCAAAAAACAAAUAAUUAUUUACACUUAAAGAAAAAUAAAACAAAAAUAAUAAAUUUUGAGAAAAACUUUAAAAACAAAGCACAAAUGAAAAGUGUUAAAGUGUGCGGAAAGCAGAAUGCUUUUGAUGUUUUCAAGGCAAUAAAGGAGUACGAGAGGGAAAUAUAUAAAGGUGAAGACAUUUUUGCCAAAAAUGUGGUACGUGAGAGUGUUUAAAGAAGCGCACGUCGCGCGUGGAACGAGGCGAAGUUACGCCGCGCCAGUUUUGGAGAGACCCGUUAGUGAACGGCUUGAGAGAGAAGUCUUUUCGAGAGUGGAAACGUGUGAUAAUUUUGAAUUUUCAAGAAUUUACGGAUCUACUGACGAAAAGGCGCAUCAAACCGCUACAAUGAGAUGGAAAGAGUUGGGUAGUGAAGAAAAGAGGAGGAAAGAAAUGGCGUUAAAGAAAGAGAGAGAGAUGAUAGCGAGCAAAACGCACAUUGUGCGAAAACGAAACCGAAUUUUUAAUCAACGAAGCUUUUCUUACACACCACAAACUCAAAACGAAAUCAAAGUCGAAACAAAAACGUAAUGAAAGCAAACAACUAACAUUUUUUAACACCAGCAAAGCAUAUUUUUGUACAAUGUAGGCAUUUAUAGUAGAUAUACAUACUUAUGUACGCAUACGCGUAUUUGAUUAAAAAAUCUCUGCCGUAUUUGGACGUGGAAAUUUCGCAUAUAGUAUACUUGACAUGAAUUUGAACUGCCCUUAAGUGUAAGCUACUUUGUGCUUAAAGAAAAUAUUUUUCUAACGAAAAUUUUGUACGUUUUUUAUUCUAAAUGUGUAACAGAUAAGACUGUUCGAUAUUGAAAGGCAGCAUUUGUACUAAACACAAUUUAAAAGUAAAGACAACUAAAACCACAAAGCAGCAAGUUUAUAAAAUUUAUUCAAUAACUAAAUAUUUUUUUUAAAUUUUGAAAAGAAAUCGUACAAACUAACAGUAAAUCAAACAAAAAAAAAACAAGAACUCAAUGCUAAACUUUUUUUUCAUACUAACAGCUGAAAAAUUGCUAAUUUGGCGUAUUGAAGGUACACAUUUUUUUCCAAAACAGAUGCGCGUAUUUUUGAUAAAAAUUUUUGAGGA